CUUAUCAUUGUUGCAGUUGGCUUCCUAAUCCUCGCGUUCUACCUAUGGGGCGUGCCGUACAACCGGGGCUUCUUCUGCGACGAUGAGUCCCUCAAGCACCCCUACAAGGAGUCCACUGUCACCAACGUCAUGCUGUACAUCAUUGGCCUCGGAUUGCCGGUUGUCACGAUGAUUCUAACAGAGUGGAUAAGGCUCCGGGACUACAAGGGGCGGCCUCGCUCAGUGCUGGGCAAGGAACUUCCCCCAUGGCUAUGGGAGGCAUACAGGGUGGUCGGCGUGUUCCUCUUCGGCUGCGCCUGUCAGCAGCUAACAACAGACGUCGCCAAGUACACUAUCGGGAGGCUACGGCCGCACUUCUUUGAUGUGA